CCCAUGGAGCUGCCGUAGCUGUGCCGGCGCCGCAGCGAGCGUCCGGGAUGAGCGCCGCGGAGGCCGAUCGCUGGGCGUGGCUGCUGGUGCUCAGCUUCGUGUUCGCGUGCAAUGUUCUCAGGAUCCUCCUCCCGUCUUUUUCCUCCUUCAUGUCCAGGGUACUGCAGAAGGAUGCCGAGCAGGAGUCACAGAUGAGAGCAGAGAUCCAGGGUAUGAAGCAAGAGCUCUCCACCGUCAACAUGAUGGAUGAGUUCGCCAGAUAUGCCAGACUGGAAAGAAAGAUCAACAAGAUGACUGAUAAGCUCAAAACGCACGUGAAAGCACGGACAGCUCAGCUAGCCAAAAUAAAAUGGGUUAUAAGUGUUGCUUUCUACAUAUUGCAAGCUGCACUGAUGAUUUCGCUUAUUUGGAAGUACUACUCUGUGCCUGUGGCUGUGGUGCCGAGUAAGUGGAUAACCCCACUAGAUCGCCUCGUAGCGUUUCCUACUAGAGUCGCAGGUGGUGUUGGAAUUACUUGCUGGAUUUUAGUCUGUAACAAAGUUGUGGCUAUCAUGCUUCACCCUUUCAGCUGAAAAGUAAGACAAAUACAGCUACAAGACUUGUUAAAUGGAUUUUCGCUUUUUAGGUUAAAAAUCUGAUUUAUACUUCUUUUUUUUUUUUAAAGGAAAGCACACAGGUACACAUUUGUUCUUGGACAUUAUAUCGGAUUCUUACAUAAAAAUCAUGAUUUUGUACACUUGUCAUUGUACCAGAAAGAUCAAUUUAUGACUCGUGUACCAACCAACGUAAUCCUGGAUUUAUAAAAAAAAUGUGUACGAUUAUGGCCAUCUGUUUGCUGACACUCAUGAUGUGCGCUCAUGGUACAUGAUUGUCAUGUUGCCAACUAGAAAGUCAGCAUUUUCUAACAGUUUAGGUACUAUAAAACUUAGUGCUGUUUUUAAUCCAGAUUAUAAUUUAAUUUUAACAUCACUACCAGAAUUUGAAAAUUUGUUCUUUAACCUCAUGCAAUACUACCAAAAGAAUAACACUAAUUGACAUUGUGUUUUUUAAUUCUUCCGUUUACAAAAUGUCGGUUGUUGGGGCACACCUUUGCAUAGGAUUGCUCAUUUAUUGGACGCUGUUAAUUUUUCAUUAUUGUGUUUUAUAAAUGUUUUCAUGAGACCAUAAUGUAUUGUUUUAUGCUCAAAUUGUGUGUUUUGUAUUUAACCCAUUUAAAAUGAAGUGUAUUUUAUAAACAUUUAAUAUUUAUGCUCUGUAGAAUGGAACAAAGUAAAAAAAAAACUAGAAAGCUCGAUUAAAUUCAUCUGAACUGAUACAUAUUUGGCCCAUGAAGUAUAAUUCUGCUAAAUCUAUUUUUUAAAACACUUUUUUCUAAUUUAAAUAUUUGCAAUGCUUGUGUGACUUCCUUACAGCCACUUACUUGCUCUGACCAAUUUGUAAUUGUGACGAUUGCUUAGAGUCUUUGGCAGUUAAGCUGGUAACCACAGCACAUUCACCACAGCACCUUCAAGCUAAAUUCCUAUGACUAGGUUUUGAAGGAUUGUGUGUAUUCUUGUGUUCCCUAAUGACUGAGUAGGUCGUUAUCAUUUCUGCUAAUAAUACUGUGAAGAGACAGAGUGCUGUGGUACUUCAGUUUAUCAUCACCCUGCAGGGCCAGCAGAGUGGGGUUCAGGUUCUGCCUGUAAUUCAGAUCCACAGGACGCUGUGGGUUCCCAGCACCACGUUUACUUAGCAAUAAGAGAGGCUACAGAGCAGAGAGUACAGCCCCAGUUACAGCAAACGACGUCACGCGGGACUCGAACCCCUGAUGCAGCUUCUGGUGUCUCCGUCACCACACAGGGUACGUUUUGGCUGCA